CUGCUAGAUCAGCCACCCACCAAGAGUCUCCCACCCCAGGGUGUGUCACUUCCUCCUCUGCAGUCUCUAGGUCUGUACACAAAGGCUGCUGCCACUGCCACCAGCAGAGGAAGAGCUGCUCCGCAAGCACCUGCCAUGGUGGACUCAUCAGCUGUUCUCAUUUUUCUGUUGGUUCUGGGCGGAGGUCAGAGUGAGUUAGAUACCAAGAUUACAUCCUCAGGGGAGGCCACAGAAUGGGAGGAUCUUGACCUGUCUCUGCAGGGAUCCUGCCAGCCAGCUCCUUCCUGUCAGAAGUGUAUUCUCUCACACCCCAACUGUGCAUGGUGCAAGCAAUUGAACUUCACUGCUUCGGGGGAGGCAGAGGCGAGGCGCUGCGCGCGGCGAGAGGAGCUACUGGCUCGCGGGUGCCCCGCACAGGAGCUGGAGGAGCCGAGAGGCCGCCAGGAGGUGCUGCAGGACAGGCCGCUCAGCCAGGGAGACCGCGGCGAGGGGGCCACCCAGCUAGCCCCGCAGCGGAUCCGCGUCACGCUGCGACCAGGGGAGCCCCAGAAAUUCCGGGUCCGCUUCCUCCGAGCUGCGGGGUACCCCGUGGACCUAUACUACCUGAUGGACCUGAGCUACUCAAUGAAGGACGACUUGGAACGUGUGCGCCAGCUUGGGCACGCCUUGCUGGUCAGGCUGCAGGAGGUCACCCAUUCUGUGCGCAUAGGUUUUGGCUCCUUCGUGGACAAAACGGUGCUACCCUUUGUAAGCACAGUGCCCUCCAAGCUUCACCACCCUUGCCCCAGCCGGCUGGAGCGCUGUCAGCCACCCUUCAGCUUUCACCACGUGUUGUCCCUCACUGGGGACGCUCAAGCCUUCGAGAGAGAGGUGGGACGCCAGAAUGUCUCUGGCAACCUGGACUCACCUGAAGGUGGCUUUGAUGCCAUUUUGCAGGCUGCCCUCUGCCAGGAGCAGAUUGGCUGGAGAAAUGUAUCCCGUCUUCUGGUGUUCACUUCAGAUGAUACAUUCCACACAGCUGGGGAUGGGAAACUGGGUGGCAUUUUCAUGCCCAGCGAUGGACAAUGCCACCUGGACAGCAAUGGCGUCUAUACUAACAGCGCAGAGUUUGACUAUCCUUCUGUGGGUCAAGUAGCCCAAGCCCUCACUGCAGCGAAUAUCCAACCUAUCUUUGCUGUCACCGGCGCAACACUGCCUGUGUAUCAGGAGCUGAGCCAGUUGAUUCCCAAGUCUGCUGUUGGGGAGCUCAGAGAGGACUCCAGCAAUGUGGUGCAGCUCAUCAUGGAUGCUUACGAUAGCCUGUCAUCCACCGUGACUCUUGAACACUCUUCGCUCCCACCUGGAGUCAGCAUCUCUUUUGAAUCUCACUGUAGGGGUCCUGAGAAGAAGGAGGAUGAGGCUGGGGACCGAGGACAGUGCAAUCAUGUCCGAGUCAACCAGACGGUAGAUUUCUGGGUCACUCUUCAAGCCACUCACUGCCUCCCAGAAGCCCAUGUCCUACGGCUCUGGGCCCUUGGCUUCUCAGAAGAGUUAACUGUGGAACUGCACACACUGUGUGACUGUAACUGUGGUGAUACGCAGCCUCAUGCUCCCUACUGCAGUGGUGGACAGGGGGACCUUCAGUGUGGGAUAUGCAGCUGUGCCCCUGGCCGCCUUGGUCAGCUAUGUGAGUGCUCUGAGGCUGACCUGUCCUCCCCAGAUUUGGAAUCUGGUUGCCGGGCCCCAAACGGGACAGGGCUCCUAUGCAGCGGGAAGGGUCGAUGCCAAUGUGGACGCUGCAGCUGCAGUGGACAGAGCUCUGGGCGUCUGUGCGAGUGUGAUGAUGCCAGCUGUGAGCGACAUGAGGGCCUCCUCUGUGGAGGCUUUGGCCAUUGCCAGUGUGGAGUGUGUCACUGUCAUGCCAACCACACGGGCAGAGCAUGUGAGUGCAGUGAGAGUGUGGACAGCUGCGUCAGUCCUGAAGGAGGGCUCUGCAGUGGGCAUGGAUACUGCAAAUGCAACCGUUGCCUUUGCCUGGACGGCUACUAUGGGGCUCUGUGUGACCAGUGCCUAGGCUGCAGGUCACCAUGUGAGCAAUACAGGGAUUGUGCGGAGUGUGGGGCGUUUGGUUCCGGUCCCCUGGCAGCCAACUGCAGUGUGGCCUGUGCUGACAUGAAUGUGACCUUGGCCUUGGUCCCUAACUUGGAUGAUGGUUGGUGCAAAGAGAGGACGAUGGACAACCAGCUGUUUUUCUUCCUGGUGGAACAUGUGGCCAGAGGGGUCAUACUGAGAGUGAGACCCCAAGAGAAGGGAGCGGAUCAUACCCGUGCCAUCAUACUGGGCUGCAUAGGGGGCAUCGUGGCAGUGGGACUAGGACUGGUCCUGGCUUACCGGCUCUCUGUUGAAAUCUACGACCGCCGCGAGUACAGGCGCUUUGAGAAGGAGCAGCAGCAACUCAACUGGAAGCAGGACAGCAAUCCUCUCUACAAAAGUGCGGUUACCACCACUGUCAACCCCCGCUUCCAAGGGACAAACGGUCAGUCACAGUCCCUCUCUCUGACCCAGGAAGCAGACUGACUUAGGAUUCUUGUCUUGGAGAACAGUGGGGAUAGUAGGGGCGAGUCAGCGUCUGUCAGGCAAAGCUGCUGCCACUGCUGAGAAUGACCUUCAGAGGGCAGCUUACCACAGCAGCAGCCAUUUCCACCACACAAAGGGCUGGUCCUUCCACAAUAAAGGUUUGCCUCAGAA